AUGGUAGACUACCAAUUGCCCGCCCCUGCGCAUACUCCACUGACCCUAGUUUUCGCAGUACAAAGUGACAGUUAUUGUGCGACAUGGAACUGGUGUUUAUCUUCGCAGUUACACUGGUCUUGCAGACAGCCGCCACUGCUCACACCACCGUCUUCGUCAAGUUCUUAUCGCCACCCCCACGGUUACUCCCACAAUCUACAUGUGAACUCGGCUGAAGGAAUAGCAGUCUCGAGAGAAGAAAGGAUAUACUCCGGCAAUACCCGUCAUCCUGGGCUCCAGCAGCAAAGACAAUUCCAACGCUUGGAGAAUCGCCUCCAGCAGAACCAGUACCAGUCGCAACAGCAGCCUAGUUACUUUUAUCCCCGUCCAUAUAAACCAUUUGUUGCAGAAACUUACGGGCCACCAGAAGUACAUCAUCCCCAGAGAGGGCAGUACCGUCCACCGCCUACGUUUGGGGUGUCCCAGCAUCAUUCAGAAGUGAUGUAUGACCCGAACCUGAUCACUGGUCCACAAGCAGCUCAGUAUGUCGGUCUCCUGUUCAGCCGAGGAGAACUGUUCUUCCACCUGAUCCCACAUGAAAGACUCGUUCUCAUGAACCAACAAGAGCGCAUCGAGAACAGACUGACCCCACAUCUUCUCGCGAGUAUACGACCUGGACACCCGUUCUUCUUCCACAGAUAGAAAUAUUUUCUUGUCAUACCAUUUCACUCUGUGUCAUAUUUAUUUAUUUUUAAAAGAAAGUAAAGAAUAGUUGUUAAUUUAUAAUAUAUUGUACAUAGCAACUUUUUUAACAAUACACACUUAAAAUAAAAUAUGAACUUGGACCAAAUUUACAACUUAUUAAAGCCAAAAGAAACAAAAUUAAUGAAGUCUUAUUUAAAUGCUUGGGAUUGAACCUUGGCAGCUCUCUCACUCAAGUGUCUAACCACAAGUCAUCUUGUGGUGAGUCUGAGUUUCAAAUAUCACAUUCAUAUUCACGAAACUGAUCCUCAUCAAUCAAUAUGUGCAAUAACAACUUUCAACAGUCUCUUGUUGUACAAAUACAAGUGUGUCAAACUCCUCUUUAUACAAAUUGUGACCGGUAAAACAUCAGCAUCUAUUAAAGAUUCAUCAUUCAUCCGAAUGUAUUUUUCAUUCGUAACAUCUUCCAUAGAAGCUAUACUUUUCAAAAAUAAUUUUCUAUUUGUAAUUCUAUCAAUAAUUUUCCAACACGCCAUCCUCUUACUGUAAUGUGUAGGAGUUAUCAAUAGCCUGAUGGUGGACUUUUGCAGACAACUCUAUCAACAGUUUGGAAGAAUUUAGAAAUAAAAAUAUAACAUUCAGUAAGUAUUAAUGACAAGUUUGUUCUAUAUAUACUGUCUUCAUUUGAGACUGAUCAAAAAUUCAAAACGUGUUCUAUAUUUUAACAAUCAAUAGUGAUGUCAACUACUUCAUAAAUAAAUCUGUUGCACUUGAAUAACAAUUAAGACCAACGGCACGUAUAGAAAUUAUUUUGGAGGAGGCUCACACACUGGUUGGUUUAAGAGCAAUAAAAUACCCUCCAAAACUAGGGGUUUGGGAGUCGUCUAAUGAAAAUCUAUUGAGCUUUAACCCUCGAACUGGCAGUCAUUUUUUCCUCAGAUGGCAGACCAUCGAACCCCUCCGCUACAACACCCUUAUGUACACCCAUGAUCAAGACAGAAAAGUCGGAUUAUAAAUCAAUUUCUGUAACACCAGAAAUUAAUGGAUUUGGGGUGUUUUGCUGUUGGCAACUUAAUUAUCCUGACAGCAACUUUUUAUAGUCUGAAAAUUAUAAUUUAUGAGAGCUAGUACCUAGCAUAGGCUUAGUCUACAACGAAUAUACAGGUAUAAUAAGCAAGAGGAUCCUGACAAUGAGUGGUGAACCACAUCAUUCUGUUCUAAGGUAUGAAACACUCCAAAGCCCAGCAUCUUAAUCUUUGAUCCUAGGGAUCUGGCUUAUUUUAUAUUCUAGUUUGGGUUAAAUAUUUUCUAAUUACAUUUAAGAAUAUCUGAUACGUUCCUGAAAUGUAAUAACAGUUUAAUGUUACAAUUUCAGAUCACAGAACUGCAUGAAAAUUAACUAUCUGUUUGUAUAUUAGUUUUUAACUAAGCUGUGUGAAUUUAUAUCAUCUACAAAUUUAUUUUGUAGACUACAACUCUAGUUGCUAAUUUACUCUUCAAUACUUACUAAUUUAAAACAAACACUCCAAUAACAUACUUCUUUAUAUUUCUGUGAGAAAUAUACAAAAGUAUAUUAUUGGAGUAUUUUUUUUUUAAUUAGUAACUAAUUCCAAUAAGGACAGAGCUUCUAGAGUUUCCUUAAUACUUGUUAAAAAUAACAGUAGUUCAAACACAAUCAAAAUUGAACAGCGUAAUUUAUUACCUGAAACUAUUUUUUCAAAUUUUAACUUUUCCCAACCUGGGCCUGGACUAUAUUUUCGUAUUGAAACCCAAUGAGAUCAAAACCUGUUGGUGAUUGGGUCAUUGUUGUCUAGUGAUGUUUUUCUUGUGUAGCUGAUAAUCAUCUCUUAGGACAAUAAAUUUUAAAAAAUCAAUAAACCACAAUAUGUGUCGUUUAACAGAUUGCGCUGAAGAUUCAUGCAAAAUUACGUGUCUCUAAUGUAAUUUUCAUGAUGUCCUGGAGACAGGUAAACAUCAUACAGAAAAUAAAUUUUUAUACAGAAAACAAAAGAAAAAUUGUGUCAACCUUCUGAGCAAUAGAUUUCGAUGAUGCCCAGCCUAAUUCCAAGGUUGGACAUUCACCAUCAUAGAAUUCAUUCUUGUCUAUGUAUAAAUCAAGUUUCAUGCAAAAUCUAAAGUAUACAGAUGAAAUUUUUCCUAAUAUAUCUGGCCACAUGAUGCAUUCAUAUCA